UUGGCUUCCAUCUGCCCUUCGGGUUUGUAUUUCGUGUUCAACGACCAACUCUCUCACUUCACUCAAUCGACUGAUUGCCUUGUCUGAAUUCGCACCCAAUUUCUUCCACUACGCCAUCGCCACUCUUGCGUCUCGCCGGGGAGUCUUGCAGGUGGUAGGAUUCGAGGUGGGUUACUUAGGUCGUGGUCUGAGCCCGACGGGUUUUGGUAGCAAUGGCAGCUUCGACAUGGGCGGCAGCUUCGAGCAUGGUGGCGUGCGGCUCAGCGCAGCGGCUGCAGCAAGGGUGCGCGGCAUUGCCCCACCAGCGCAUGCCAAUGAUGUCCAGUGUGGCAUCCGUUGGUUUCCCGCUGGCGCAGCAGCUCCAUUUGAAGAGCGUUGAGGCGAGACGGGAGAUUUGUUGGGUUCCCAGGGCCCAGUCUGCAGCAAUAGAGUCCGCAGCUGCUGUGGCGGAGUCCCCGAAGCUCGUGGAUGCCCCUGUGUCGAUUGUCACCGGGGCUUCCAGAGGCAUUGGAAAGGCCAUUGCUCUUGCUCUGGGAGGCGCCGGAGGAAAGGUGCUGGUGAACUACGCGCGAUCCGCGAAGGAGGCCGAAGAAGUUGCCCAACAGAUUGAGGAGAUGGGAGGGUCUGCCCUUGUCGUCGGUGGAGAUAUGUCCAAGCAGGAAGACGUUGAUGCGUUAUUUAAAGCCGCUAUGGAUACGUGGGGCACAAUCGAUAUCCUUGUGAACAAUGCCGGAAUUACGAAGGACACUUUGUUGAUGAGAAUGAAGAAGGAACAAUGGCAAGAUGUCAUCGAUCUCAACCUCACCGGUGUUUUUCUUUGCACACAGGCAGCAACGAAGGUGAUGAUGAAGAAGAGAAAGGGAAGAAUAAUCAAUAUCUCAUCAGUAGUAGGUGUAACGGGAAACGUUGGACAAGCAAAUUACUCCGCAGCUAAAGCAGGAGUGAUUGGCUUCACUAAAUCUGUCGCUCGGGAGUAUGCCGGCCGUAACAUCACGGUCAAUGCGGUGGCUCCUGGCUUCAUUGCGUCAGAUAUGACAGCAAAGUUGAACAAAGAGAUCGAGGCGGCGAUUCUUAAGACCAUUCCAUUGGGAAAAUAUGGUCAGCCUGAGGAUGUCGCUGGGUUGGUGAAGUUUCUAGCAACAGAUCCAGCAGCAGCGUACAUCACUGGCCAGACGUUCAACAUCGAUGGUGGAAUGGUGAUGUAAUGGCUACAUCACCAUGGCAUAGUGAUCUGGGUAUUAGCUUUUUCAAACCCCAUGCGUGGCUGGUUCCAAGGACCUGCAUCGUCGUGCAGUCUCCGGAUUCAUUGUACCAUGGAACCACAGUUUUUUGUAAGUUGAUUAGUCAAGGUAGAGGUGCUUGUAUCAAAGGAAUUGAUGGGGUCCUCCCUCACAAACCUUGUAGCUCAUCCAUCUUCAUCUCCAUUUCCUCAUGGCCACUGCAUAUUUUUACAGAAGUAACUCUGUAUGGGUAGCUCUCCACAUGGUUGUUUUCAUGCAACGGAAUGCUGUGGAAGAUUUGUACAUGUCUCUUGAACAGCAUUGUGUUGCCUUGUCCAUUCACUUAUCAAUUGCAUUUGUGGGUAUUUGAUUUUUA